AUGGCGAGUAGUGAGAUUGGUCAAGCACCACCAUCCAAGGCAGAGAAACGAGUAGGAUCUUUCGAAAACAUUAAGAGAGAAACCCUCUCUCUAAACCCUUCAGACAAAAAACCACAUUACGCUCGACUAUCCAAAAUAUCCGCCCCUCAUGUAGAAUCAUUUAAUGCUUUAUUUCAAUGGGGAACGUCAACUGCCGGCCUCAUCGACAAGGCUGUCGCUGAUAUAGGUCACAGAGUCAUGUUUGAUACUCCAGUAACGGAGAAUGGUCCUGGUGAACGUGGAAGAAACAGACUAGAGAUGUGGAUUGCCAAUGUAAAUAUAGGUAAACCAUCACUGCCUGGCACUAAGGGUGCUGUUGCGAAACGGGUGCUGCCGUCUGAAUGUCGAGAACGAGGUAUAUCAUAUCGAGCUCAAUUACAGUUCAAGAUAUGUUGGACUGUCAAUGGAGGUCCUGUACAGGCUGAAGUCAAAACUGCUGGAUAUCUUCCCAUACUCGUCCGUUCAACUCGAUGCCAUCUGGAUGGUAAAUCGCCAAAAGAGCUCAUCAAAAUGAAGGAAGACCCUGAUGAAUUUGGAGGCUACUUCAUCGUAAACGGUAUCGAAAGGCUGAUACGUUUGCUCAUUGUGCCGCGCCGAAACAACGCAACAGCCAUCAUACGAACCUCCUUCCAAAAGAGAGGUCCAACAUAUACUCCAUUCGGUGUCGCAAUGAGAUCCGUACGACACGACCAAACAUCCCAAACUAUCACCCUCCACUACUGCACAGACGGUGCAAUCACCAUACGAUUCAUCUACCGUAAACAGGAAUUCAUGGUACCAUACCUCCUAGUAUUAAAGGCACUAAAAGAAGUAUCCGAUAAAGAAAUAUUCGAAAAAAUCAUGAUGGGCCGCUAUCAUGAUUCCUUCUUGACGGAUCGAGUCGAGUUACUAUUACGAUCGUUUAGGAGGUACCCUGUGUCCACUCGUAAAUCAUGUCUAGCUUAUUUGGGAUCCAAGUUUGCAGUCAUGCUAGAUUCUGCUGAUGAUGCUACAGAAGAACAAGUUGGAUUGGACUUCUUGAAGCAGAUCAUUCUCGUCCAUUUGGAAUCUCCUCGUGACAAGUUUGAUGUAUUGAUAUUCAUGCUACAAAAGCUGUAUUCUCUGGUUGCUGGUGAAUGCUCGCCCGACAAUCCAGAUGCUCCAAAUCACCAAGAAGUCUUGUUGGGUGGUUUCCUCUAUGUGGCUUAUAUGAAGGAGAAGAUUGGUGACAUUCUUACAGGAUGGAAGUCCCAGAUUCAAAUCGAUUUGCGGAAGAAUGCUAUGGGUGUGAACUUCCAUGAUCGCAAGUACUUACUCAAAGCCUUGAGCAAAGUAAAUAUUGAUAUCGGUAAAAAGAUGGAAUACUUUCUAGCCACUGGUAACUUGGUUACAAAUAGUGGUCUAGACUUGCAGCAAACAUCAGGAUAUACCAUCGUCGCCGAAAAACUCAACUUUCUACGGUACCUGUCGCAUUUUCGAUCCAUACACCGUGGUGCCUUCUUUGCAGAACUGAAAACCACAACAGUUCGUAAACUCUUACCUGAAGCAUGGGGCUUCUUAUGUCCAGUACAUACUCCAGAUGGAUCACCAUGUGGUCUACUCAACCAUCUAAGUCAUAGUUGUAGAGUCGUCACACAUCCUAUUGAUACGAGCACAGUUCCGAAUGCUGUUGCUGAAUUAGGAGUAUUGCAAACCAUACCUGCUUUGGGUGAUGGUGAAGCAUUAGAAAAUGGAGAUGAUCGUAUGGAUGUGGAUGAUGAUAAUGGCGAGAAUCUAUUUAAGCUGAAGGCUAGACAAGAAAGGACCAUCUUGACAAUUUUCUUGGAUGGCCGAGUUGUUGGAUAUUGUACUGCCAAAUGUGCAGAACAAGUAUCGAAGACUUUGAGGUUAUGGAAGGUCAAAGGAAUUAAAGGGAUACCGAUGGAUUUGGAGAUUGGUUGGGUACCUCCAUCUAAAGGUGGACAAUAUCCUGGCUUGUUCUUGUUUUCAGCACCAGCUAGAAUGAUGAGACCAGUCAAGUACAUUCCAACUGGAACUGUUGAUAUGGUUGGAACGUUCGAGCAGGUUUAUAUGGAUGUUGCUUGCCUACCUGAAGACAUAGUACCAGGUCUCACAACUCAUAUUGAAGUGGCUCCUACAAACAUGUUGAGUGUAAUAGCCAACAUGACGCCCUUUUCUGAUUUCAAUCAGUCGCCACGUAACAUGUACCAGUGUCAGAUGGGCAAGCAAUCUAUGGGUACAGCAGCUCACAACCUCCCUCAUCGUACCGAUAACAAGCUAUACCGUAUCGUAACUCCUCAAGUACCCAUUGUCAAGCCGUCUCUAUACGAAGAAUACGGUAUGGACUCUUACCCAAACGGAAUGAACGCCGUCGUAGCAGUCAUCUCAUACACUGGAUACGAUAUGGAAGACGCCAUGAUUAUUGCCCGCUCAUCACACGAUCGUGGAUUUGGACAUGGUAUCAUCUACAAGGGCGAAUUUGUAGACUUGUCUGAUAUGGCAAAGAGAGGCGAACCAUGCUACUUUGGACUAAAGUUUCGAGAUGGAACCGCACGUGGUGCUAAACGGGCCGCUGCCUUCGAUCUUGCCAAAGUAUCUAAAUUCUUGGAUAUUGAUGGGUUACCGCAUAUUGGAGUCAAGUUGACUGCCAAGGAUCCCAUGUAUGCGUAUGUGGAUGAAGCUAAAGGAAUGGUGAAGGUUGUAAAUUAUAAAGGGUCGGAAGAUGUUUAUGUGGAUCAAGUCAAUAUUGUUGGUUGUGACGAAACCUAUGUCACCAAAGUCUUUAUAAAGCUACGAGUACCACGUUCACCCAUAGUAGGUGACAAGUUCUCAUCUCGUCACGGCCAAAAGGGAGUCAUGUCUCAACGAUGGCCAUCAGUCGACAUGCCAUUCUCCGAAUCCGGAAUCAUACCCGACGUAAUCAUCAACCCCCACGCCUUCCCAUCUCGUAUGACAAUUGGUAUGUUUGUAGAAUCUCUAGCCGGUAAAUCUGGUGCCAUGCACGGUAUAUCACAGGACGCUACACCCUUCACAUUUUCUGAAACCAAUAUAGCAGCCGACUACUUUGGUGAAGAAUUACGACAAUCAGGAUAUAACUAUCAUGGCAACGAGCCCAUGUAUUCUGGUAUAACAGGAGAAGAGUUUAAAGCCGAUAUAUAUCUAGGAGUUGUAUACUACCAACGUCUACGUCACAUGGUGUCUGAUAAGUUCCAAGUACGUACCACAGGACCCGUACAUAAUUUGACUCAACAACCCGUUAAAGGUCGUAAACGAGCUGGUGGUAUCCGAUUCGGUGAAAUGGAACGUGACUCGUUGCUGGCUCAUGGAGUGUCCUUCCUCUUGCAGGAUCGAUUAAUGAAUUGCUCGGAUUACUCUCAGCAAUAUGUAUGCUCGAAAUGUGGAUCGCUCCUGUCUACAAUGUCGUUGAAACCUCAGGGUGGUGCUGUUGGUGUGUUGGGACCACGUGAAAGGGUUGUUUGUAGGUCUUGUGGGACUGGUAAACAUGUUUCGAUUAUUGCUGUUCCGUAUGUCUUUAGGUACUUGUGCACAGAGUUGGUUGCUAUGAAUGUCAAGAUUAAGUUGGAGCUUCAAUAG